AUGGCUGCCCCAGCGGUCGUCCAAGCCCCACGCUCAGGCCCUUCGAAGACCGAGACCUUCACGGACAACAAGCGGAAAGACGACGUCCGAAUGGCGAACAUAGCGGCGGCGCAAUCGGUUGCCAGUGCUGUCCGGACGAGCUUAGGUCCUAAGGGUAUGGACAAGAUGAUCUGCACGGCUUCUGGCGAGGUCAUAAUCACCAAUGACGGCGCAACCAUUUUGAAUAAGAUGGAAGUCCUCCAACCCGCCGCUAAAUUCCUCGUUGAGCUCUCCAAGUCCCAGGACGUUGUAGCCGGUGACGGCACUACCACCGUCGUCGUUAUCGCUGGCGCAUUGCUCAAACAAUGCCUCUCUCUUCUAAGUUCAGGUAUUCACCCGACCAUUGUCUCGGAAGCUCUUCACAAGGCUUCUAUAAAGGCAGUUGAAGUAUUAACAGCAAUGGCUAUACCACUAGAAUUGUCAGACUCUGAAUCGCUAAUCAAAGCUGCUACCACCUCUUUAAAUAGUAAAGUGGUUUCACAGUAUUCUUUGCUUUUGGCUCCACUAGCUGUUGAUGCUGUACUCUCAGCUGUAGACCCCGCAAAAUCAGACAUGGUUGAUCUGAGGGAUAUUAAGAUUGUGAAGAAACUGGGAGGGACUGUCGAUGAUACUGAGCUAGUUAAGGGUUUGGUUUUUGAUAAGAAAGUGAGUCAUUCCUCAGGUGGACUGACCCGGGUUGAAAAUGCUAAGAUUGCAGUGAUUCAGUUUCAGAUUUCCCCACCAAAGACCGAUAUUGAGCAAUCAAUUGUGGUUUCAGACUAUACACAGAUGGAUAGGAUAUUGAAGGAAGAGAGGAAUUAUAUUCUGGGGAUGAUUAAGAAGAUUAAAGCAACGGGAUGUAAUGUGUUGUUGAUUCAGAAGAGCAUUUUGAGGGACGCAGUGACAGCCUUAUCAUUGCAUUAUCUGGCAAAGGCGAAGAUUUUGGUGAUUAAGGAUGUAGAGAGAGAUGAGAUUGAAUUUAUCACAAAGACAUUGAAUUGUUUGCCUAUUGCAAAUAUUGAGCAUUUUAGAGCUGAAAAGUUGGGGUACGCAGAUUUGGUUGAGGAGGUUUCGUUGGGGGAUGGUGGGAAGAUUGUGAAGAUUACCGGGAUUAAGGAUAUGGGAAGGACCACAACAGUGCUGGUUCGUGGGUCAAAUCAGUUGGUCAUUGAUGAGGCUGAACGUAGCUUGCAUGAUGCAUUGUGCGUGGUGAGGUGUUUGGUAAAUAAGAGGUUCUUGAUUGCAGGUGGUGGGGCACCUGAGAUUGAGCUUUCAAGGCAAUUGGGUACAUGGGCCAAGGUUUUGCAAGGGAUGGAGAGCUACUGUGUCAGGUCAUUUGCGGAGGCACUUGAGGUUAUUCCGUAUACGUUGGCUGAGAAUGCAGGGUUAAACCCAAUUGCUAUUGUGACUGAGUUGAGGAAUAGGCACGCACAAGGUGAGAUACAUGCUGGGAUCAAUGUGAGGAAGGGGCAAAUCACUAAUAUCUUGGAGGAGAAUGUGGUGCAGCCACUGCUGGUGAGCACAAGCGCUAUCUCUCUAGCGACAGAGUGUGUGCGGAUGAUUUUGAAGAUUGAUGAUAUUGUUACAGUGAGGUAG